CUUGGGCUCAUUUCGAAACGACUUCUGUUGCGGUACGGUCGCGAAAGCAAUUUUCACUGCUGCUAAUUGGCCGAUGUAGUCUGGUGGCAAGUUCUGAUUUACUCUUCAGUUCAAUUUUCGCUUGAUGGGUUUAAGAAAGGAAAAAAAACCACAAUUGCACUGAAUAAGUAGUGAAUAUUGCAAUUAGUGUCACCAUACCUGUCAAAUUAUUGUUUCCAGCGUCGUUAGUUCGUACUGAGGAAGUAACACCUAGGUUGUACACCACAAGAAGGCCAACGUUUAGCUUAGGAGAUUAACCAAAAUACACCAGGAGUGAAAGUGCGAAAAAAUGGGUGCUCUAAAGAAAAUGACACAGUGUGGUAGUAUUAGUAUGCUUUUCGCAGUGCUAAUAGUGCUAUUCGGCGUCAGCUCGUCGGCUUUGUCGACUUUUGGAAAGUCAAACACGAAUCAACAGGCCGCGGCAACAACACGAGCGCCAGCGAAAACGAAAGACUGCACAAACCACGCGGAUUGCCUCACGAUACAGAACACGAGUUGUGUCCCGGCCGCCGAUGGCCGCUUGCAGUGCCUCUGUGGAGACUUCGAGGCGCCCAUCAACGGCUACUGCCAGGCCAAAUAUAAAGGUCACCGUCAUAUUUGUCAGAACUCCAUGCAAUGUGACAUCGGAAUGGUGUGUACUUUCGAGAAUAUUACCAAAACUACAACGCUGGUAACGAGCAAGACAUUCAUGACCAGCAGUAUGCUCAACAACACCAAUACCCACAAGCUUUGUCUCUGCGAUAAGGAACUUGGUUACGAAGAGGAUGAGCAUGACUUCCGGCGUUGUAGCAGCGCUGUUGCUCUGAUCUUAUCCAUUCCUUUGCUGUUUCUCUCAUUCUUGCCUUCAAUAGUAAGGGAGCCGCUCAGUUACUAUUGAGGCACAUAGCCCUAGUUAAGGAAUAUACAUUUUGCACUAUAUAAACUAAUCACCGAUUUAAGUAGAAGUAAGCUCCCAAUAUGGUGUGAUUCACUUAAAUGUGCUAAAACCAAAAAAGCAGCGAAAAUAUUUUGCCUUAAAAAGAACCAAAUUCUCCAUGACGCCUUGAAGAAAAAUUAUCAAUGCACCUUAAUAUAGCAAACAGAACUCUAGAUCUUAUUGGAAACUGUUUUCUACAACUGUCUUAGGAUAGGGAAUUCGCAAAUGUUCAAAUUGCUAGUAUUAGAGAAUCUCGAUAUUUAUAGUCGCCGCUUUUUCCAUUGUGAAAUUAAUGACAAGGCAAUUCAUAUUGUAAUCAGCUAAAACUGUUUUUCGAUACUUAUACAAAUCAAAACAUUCCGCACGAACAUGCGAGGCUGCUUGUUUCUACAAAAAUAUAUAUUAGUAAACGUAAAGAGUGCGAUUCGCAAGUAUGUAAUCAUGUUAAAAUGAUGGGUUUAUGGAUAGGAAAGCGUAGUUUAUUCAUAUUUCGUCUACUGUAGUUUGUAAGAUCGGGCAUACUUUAUUUUUCCCUCAACCUUAAAAGAAUAACAUUUUUCCUGAUAAUUCAUGCACAACUACUCUAUACAGAAAAAAAUAAAUUGCAAUAGAAUAGAUGAGAACAGAACGUAAUUUUUUAUAGAACAUAUCAUCACUUGAAUGCAAAAGAAUUGAAAUUAACUCAAAUAACAGUAAUAGUUCUAGUGCGUAAUAAAUCAUAAUUUCAAUAAAUAUCUA